UCUCUUGGACGGGGAUGGAAUGGAAGGGUUUUAGCAAUACCGCGGAAGGUGAAUGUGUCCGGAUCCUGGGGGCGGAGAGUCAGCAUGGCGCGGGCGUUCCUGAAUCAGAAGGACGCUCACUCUCUCCUGAAGCGCUUCCCGAGAGCCAACGGAUUCCUGGAGGAGCUUCGGCAGGACAACAUCGAGCGGGAGUGUGUGGAGGAGAGCUGCAGCUUUGAGGAGGCGAAGGAGGUGUUCGAGAACAAGGAGCGCACGAUGGAGUUCUGGAAGCUGUACACGGUGAACGGACACACGGAGUCCCGCUCGGAGCGCACAGACACGGUGUACAUGGUGGUGCCCCUGCUGGGCGUGGCCCUGCUGGUCAUCAUCGCGCUCUUCCUCAUCUGGAGGUGCCAGCUGCAGAAGGCGACGCGGCGCCGGCCCGCCUACAGCCAGAACCGGUACCUGUCCAACCGGCCGGCCCGGAGCCUGCCCCGCAUCCUGGUGCACCGCGAGAGCCCUGCCCACCCGGAACCGGCCCACGCCGAGCCCCCCCCCCGCGCCCCCGACCCCCACCCCGCCCCGCCCGGCGCGCGCGCCCUCUACGUGCAGGACCCCUCCCUCUCCGUGGCCUCCCGGCUGUCGGGGGCCACGCCCCCCCCCUCGUACGAGGAGGUGACCGGGGGGCACCUGGAGAGCAGCAGUGACGAGACCACGGCCCCCUACAGCGACCCCCCGCCCAAGUACGAGGAGAUCGUCAAGCAGAAGUGAGACAGAGAGGGGGGGUGCACUCACACUGCCACUCAGACUGCCGUGGAGAUGCAUCAGUGUUACCGCAGUAACCGUGUUGGGGAACGCUGCAGUCAUUCCGUGGUUCCUCCUCCGGUGGGGGUCACCGCGACAGGAUUCCGCUCCUCCCUUCCCUUCAGUGUUGUGAUCUUCCCAGAACGGAUCCGGAAUCCUCACUGCUCACUGCCCCCCCCACCCCACUCCGGGACUCACUGUCCCGCACAAAGGGCCCUGGUGCAUGAUGGGCCUGUGUCACUUUGCCAAAUGAAUGUGGUGAGGGUGCAGGAUGGCCAGGCCUGUUUUCUGCCUCACCAGCAUGUGCUGCUGCAUGCUGGGAAAACUGCGGGGGGCGGGGGUUACUCCACGGAGAUAGUUUACCACACACUUCUCCGCACACACACACACACACACACACCUCUGCACACAUGUAGAGAGACACACACACACCUCCGCACAGGUGUAGAGACACAGAGACACACACACACACCUCUGCACACGCGUAGAGACACAGAGACACACACACACACACACCUCUGCACACGCGUAGAGACACAGAGACACACACACACACACCUCCGCACACGCGUAGAGACAC